AUGACUUUUGGUCAUGAUGAUGUUUUACCAGUAGAGAUUCACUUAGAAUCCAAAAGGAUUCAAAGGUAUCAUGAAAUUCCAAUAGAGUCAUAUUGGAGCAUGAUGUUGGAUGAGUUAGUUGAUUUAGAUGAAGAAAGGUUAAAGGCCUUAGAGUUAUUAAAAUGGAAGAAGAAGAGAGUAGAGAACUCUUAUAAUACAAAGGUGAAAAUCAAAACUUUUUCACCUGAAUACUUGGUCUGGAAAGUGAUCCUUCCAAUGGAUCGAAAGGAUAGGACCUUAGGGAAGUGGUCUCCAAAAUGGGAAGGCCCUUUUCAGAUUUUACAAGUAUUUUCUAAUGGUGCCUAUGAAAUUGAGGAGCUUAAUGAAAACAAGAGGAUCUUGAGAGUAAAUGGGAAAUAUUUAAAAAACUAUAGACCAGUGCUCCAAGAGAUAAAAAUAAGAGAAGAAUAG